AUGGGCCGACUGGCGGAAGCCCCGCCCGCCAACGGCGCAGCAAAUGGCACCGCGAGUAGGACAAAACGGGGGGGAUCCGUGAACGGGCGACUGUCGUCGAGAUACGAUUUGAUGAUGGAAGAUCUGGUGGACGGCCAGGUUUGUCAUAUUCUGGACCGGCCGUCCAAGAAGCAGGUGUGCCUGUUCUACUGUAGCGAGAUGGCGGAACUCGCGGCGAGUAUCGCGGAGGACCUGGAUAAUAUCGAGCUGAAGCCUAUCGAAUGGGGCAAGUUCGAGGAUGGCUUCCCGAACCUCUUUGUGCCGAACGCGCAUGGAAUCAGGGGCCGCCACGUGGCGUUCCUGGCGUCGUUCAGCUCACCAGCUGUCAUCUUCGAGCAGCUGUCCAUCAUCUAUGCCAUCCCUAGGAUGUUCGUCGAGUCUUUCACUCUCGUCCUACCUUUCUUCCCGACCGGAACCAGUGAGCGAAUGGAGGACGAGGGGGAUGUGGCGACAGCAUUUACUCUCUCGCGGAUCCUCUCCAACAUCCCCAUCUCACGAGGGGGGCCCACUAGCCUCGUGAUCUUUGACAUCCAUGCGCUGCAGAUAACAAUCGCAUUCCCGGAUGAAGGUGCAUGGAAGAGGUUCCACAAGCAACUGCAGCACUACCCCAUGGUGAUCUGCACCAAGGUGCGCGAGGGGGAGAAGCGGAUCGUGCAGUUGAAGGAGGGCAACCCCAAGGGGCGGCACGUGGUGAUCGUGGAUGACCUUGUGCAGUCAGGAUCGACUCUCAUAGAAUGCCAGAGGCUCCUGGCAGCACAUGGAGCAGCGAAAGUGAGCGCGUAUGUGACCCACGGGGUGUUUCCCAACCAGACGUGGCGACG